UCUUCUCUUUUCUUCACUGUGUUUCUCUCAAACUUAAUCAUAUCAAAGCAUUUCUCAUUUCUUCCUACCAAAACAAAGAAAUAUGGCUUCUAAUGGAGAUAAUGUUGUUGUUUCUGACAUGAAGCUUGAGAAAUUGCUUUGUAUGAAAGGAGGAAAAGGAGAGGCUAGCUAUGCCAAUAACUCCCAAGCUCAGGCUAUACAUGCUCGAUCGAUGCUUCACCUUCUUGAAGAAACCCUAGAUAAGGUGCAACUAAACUCGGCUGAGGUCCCAUUUCAGGUGGUGGACUUAGGUUGUUCAUCUGGGAAUAACACAAUCUAUAUCAUUGAAGUGAUAAUCAAGCACAUGAUCAAGCGAUAUGAGUCAGCAGGACUUGAGCCACCGGAGUUCUCUGCUUGUUUCUCCGAUCUUCCUAGCAAUGACUUCAACACUCUUUUUCAACUCCUUCCUCCCUUAGCCAAUUAUGGCGGAAGCAUGGAAGAGUGUUUGGCUGCCAGUGGCCAUCGGAAUUAUUUCGUGGCCGGAGUUCCCGGUUCUUUUUACGGGAGACUUUUCCCUGAAAGAACCAUUGAUGUGUUUCACUCUGCAUUUUCCUUGCACUGGCUAUCUCAGGUGCCAGAGGCUGUAUUGGACAAGACAUCUGAAGCAUAUAACAAAGAAAGGGUGUUCAUCCAUGGAGCAAGUGAAUCCACAUCCAACGCAUACAAAAAACAAUUCCAAACAGACCUAGCAGGAUUCCUAAGAGCAAGAUCACAGGAAAUGAAGAGAGGUGGGUCCAUGUUCCUUGUCUGUUUGGGUAGAACUUCAGUGGACCCCACUGACCAAGGUGGGGCAGGCCUGUUAUUUGGGACCCACUUUCAGGAUGCAUGGGAUGAUCUUGUCCAAGAGGGUCUCAUUACUAGCGAGGAGCGUGACAAUUUCAAUAUUCCUGUGUAUGCACCGAGCCUACAGGACUUCAAGGAAGUAGUAGAAGCUGAUGGUUCAUUUGUUAUAAACAAGCUUGAGGUUUUCAAAGGAGGGAGCCCUCUGGUGGUUGACCGUCCUGACAAUGCAGCUGAGGUUGGCCGAGCUUUGGCUAAUAGCUGCCGGAGUGUCUCUGGGGUGCUCGUUGAUGCCCAUAUAGGCGAACGGCUAAGCGGGGAGCUGUUUUUACGGGUGGAGUGCCGAGGUGCAAGACAUGCUAAAGAGCUAUUAGAGAAGCUACAAUUCUUCCAUAUAGUUGCAUCUCUUUCUAUUGCUUAAGAGAAAAAGAAAAAGAAAUAAAGAAAGAGGAAAAAAGGACUUAUAUCUUACUUGUCUCUUUUCCCAUCUUUUUUCCCCUUUCUUGUGUGCUAUUUUCAGUGCAUAUGGUAAUUAAAUGAAAGUAUGAAAACAUUACAAAAGAGAGAAGCUUUUCCUCUCUUUUUACUUGA